UUUCGGGACGUUGCAAACCUCGACACCACCGCCUCCCGCCGCGCCUCCCCUCCUCGCGCGGCCGCCGCGGCUCUCCUCUUUUGCUCGGCCGCCGCGAGCCACCACCGGCGUCUCUCGCCCGGUCGGUCCUCUGAGUCUCGGCUACCUGCUCCCUCCGCCGAAUCCUCGGGCCGCUGCUGUCGCCACCGCGGAAUCCUGCUGCACUGGCCGCAGCCGGGGAACGCGGCCUGUUGCGGGAGCCAGCGCUGCCUCCUCCUCGGUGCGUCGUCACGGAGGACUACAAUGGAUCAACAUGAUUCCAUGGCUGACUCACCAAGGAGGCUUCAUAAUCUUCUGCGAGACAAGGUCCAGUUGGUGAAAAGGAAGGACUCAAAUCGCUAUGAGAUUGUCCGCUUCCGUGAUCCAUUGUCUUUUGAGAAAGGCUUCUUUGUUGUGAUCCGUGCCUGCCAGCUUUUGGCGCAGCACAAUGGCGGGAUAAUAUUUGUUGGUGUUGCUGGCCCCUCUGGUGCUGGGAAGACGGUGUUUACUGAGAAGGUGGUCAAUUUCAUGCCCGAUGUUGCUGUUAUAUCAAUGGACAACUAUAAUGACGCAACUCGCAUAGUUGAUGGCAAUUUUGAUGAUCCACGUCUAACAGACUAUGACACACUGCUGGAAAAUAUUCAUGGUCUGAAGGAAGGACGAUCAGUUCAAGUUCCAAUAUAUGAUUUCAAGUCGAGCUGCCGGAUUGGUUAUAGAACAGUUGAUGUCCCUAGCUCCCGAAUUGUUAUCAUUGAAGGUAUUUAUGCACUGAGUGAGAAGUUACGGCCUGUGAUGGACUUGCGUGUUUCUGUCACUGGUGGUGUUCAUUUUGACCUAGUGAAGAGGGUUUUAAGGGAUAUACAACGAGCUGGCCAGGAGCCUGAAGAAAUAAUUCAUCAGAUCUCUGAAACAGUUUAUCCAAUGUACAAGGCUUUCAUCGAACCAGAUUUGGAGACUGCACAUAUUAAAAUCGUCAACAAGUUCAACCCAUUCUCAGGGUUCCAAAAUCCUAUGUACAUUCUAAAGUCACCAAGAUCUCUAUUACCUGAGAAAAUCAAGUCCGUACUUGGUGAUGAUCAUAUGGAAAGCAACGAAGAAACUUAUGAUAUAUAUCUACUUCCACCUGGUGAAGACCCAGAAGCAUGCCAAUCUUAUUUGAGAAUGCGGAAUAGGGAAGGAAAAUAUAAUCUAAUGUUUGAGGAAUGGGUGACCGACAAUUCAUUUAUCAUAUCACCAAGGAUCACUUUUGAAGUUGGUGUACGUCUUCUUGGUGGUUUGAUGGCAUUGGGAUAUACUAUAGCAGCUAUACUGAAGAGAAGCAGUCGUGUUUUUUCUGAUGGCAAGGCAACUGUUAAAAUUGAUUGGCUGGAACAACUCAACCGACACUAUAUACAAGUGCAAGGAAGAGAUCGGCUUUAUGUUAAAUUUGUAGCGGAUCAGUUAGGUUUGGAUGGUUCUUAUAUACCGCGCACAUAUAUUGAACAAAUUCAGCUGGAGAAAUUGAUUAAUGAUGUUAUGGCAUUACCAGAAGAUUUGAAGACAAAGCUCAGCAUUGAUGAUGAGCUGGUCUCAAGUCCAAAGGAAGCCUUUUCCCGUGUUUCUGCUGAUCGGAGAAACAAACUUAUGAAAAGUGGCCUAUCUCAAUCAUAUUCAACGCAUAGAGACAAACGUGUUGUGAAAUUGAGUCAACUGACAGAGAGGAGGUUUGGUGGAGGGCAAGCCCUUGAACCUCCUGCUAUUGACCAGGGUGGUAUCAUCCAGCUUUCUGAACAGAUAUCAACAUUGAAUGAAAGGAUGGAUGAAUUUACCUCUCGAGUUGAAGAACUCAAUUCAAAAUUUUCAGUGAAGAAACAUUUGCCCAGUCAGCAGAACUUAGCUCUUCCAAAUGAUGCUUGUAGUGGUUCCACACCUACAAAUCUCUUUGUCUCUCAGUUAGGCAAUGGUACUUUGAUACCUCAUUCUUCAUCGUCAAACCAACUUUCAAAGGAUUCCCCAAUGAUAGAAGAGGUUAUGAACAUAUCAAGAGGUCAGCGCCAGGUCAUACAUCAGCUCGACAAUCUGACCAACCUGCUUCAUGAGCAUUUGGUCUUAACACGCCAAGCAAAUUCAUGCCCACUUAUUUGCCUGACUGUUGCCAGUAUUGGGUACUUCAUGUUUAAAGGUCUCAACCGGAGCUGACCAAAGAGAGUCGACUCAAACAUGUGCUCUGAGGCUCACCAUCUAGUCUAGUUUUGGUGAAACUGGAGGGCCAGUUGUCACAACUGAUCUGCAACUGCAAUAUCCCCGAAUCCAGACUUUCAUACUGAUGUUCUCUCUUCUACAAGAUAAAAGGAAGACAGUUCUCAAACUUAAUACAUCAGGAAGACCAUAUCUAUCAACUUACAAAGUAGUAAUAAUACAGAUAAACUCAUAUACCAGCACAAAGCAACAAGGCCUUUUGUGUUUUAGGGAAUUACUUCCAAAAGUAGAAAAUGGUGUACCAGGAGCAACUUGUGUAACGGGUACUGGCAGUCCCCAAUACAAUAAUUUUUUUGGAGAUGAUAGUAAAUAAUGUCUGGAGAAACCAUGAGAGAUCGACAAGUUUUACAGAAUGUCACUAUUUGUCUCGUGAUUUCUGAGUGCAAA